AUGGCAAAGAGUCAAAGAGAUCUAAAGGGAUGGCAAUAUUUCUUGGAUGAUUCUGAGUUAAAUAAUACCGAUAAUGUAAGCGGAGAGCCCACAACACCGUCUCGAAGAAGUCGAAGAGGUAAAUCUACUAGUAGUCAAAAGAUAUCGUUGAAAAGAGAAGAAGACGAAUUGGAAAUUAGAGAAGGUGAUUUCUUGCUAGUUCAACAAGAUAAGAAUUCUCCCGAGGUCGCAAUUGUCAAAGAGAUUAAAUUUGGUAAUGAUAAUUUUCUUGACAUUAUUGUUUCGUGGUUCAUACGAAUGAGAGAUAUUGAGGAUGCCGAUUUACCAAAAGUUGAAGAAUACAAAGAAAGGUCUCAACUUAAUGAGAAUGAGCUUUUUAUAACUUCCUAUUUGGAUGAGGUUAAAUUGGGUGAAAUAAUAGACAAAGUUAAUAUACUAUCAGAGGAGGAAUUCAACAAUGAUAUUGUAAUUGACGAUUCCAAUAAGGCAAGUACUUUUGUAUGUCGAAGAGGAUGCGAUUCAGCUGGCGAAUUGUUCACUGAUGUAUUUGACUUUAGGGAUCUAUGUGUGUUGUUCGAAAAGAACCACCAUGAAUUUAUCGAAUUUAUCAGACGUAAAACAGUACCCGUCGCCUAUAACGCAAAUAAGACGCAUGUUAAGUCAAAGUCAAUAAAGGAAAAACUAGAUGAAGUUGAAACGAAGAAACCUAAACAAAAAACUGUAUCUAGGCAAAUACUUGAUGAAGAAGAAAAUAAUGAUAGCUCUGAUGAAUUCGAAUCGGCCAUGGAUUUGCAAGAUGAACCUUCAAGCGAUGAGCUUGAGUCAGACGAAGAUACUAAUGAAUCCAAGAACAAAAGUCCGAGGAAAAGGAAAGCAACUCUGAAACCAAAGGGGGUAAAGGAGAAACAACAACGUGUAAAGAUACCGAAUAAUCAUUCUAAAUUUGAUGACGAGUCGAGACAAUUCAUUACGUCUGUCGUGAGUCCACUAAAUAAAAGAAUGAAAAUCAAAGAUUCGUCCAAACCAUCCAUAUUAGCGUUAUCUCCAAGAAAGCCGAAGAAGGGUGUAUCUAAAGACCAGAAUAGCAAAAAUGGGAGUUUAGGAGUAGAUGCAUCAUCGGAAGCUUUCAAAGAGUUGAAAGAAAAAUUGCAUACAUCUACCAGACUCUCUUCUUUACCGUGUCGUGAGGAUGAAUUUACAUCUAUUUAUCUAAACCUAGAAACUGCUAUACAGGAACAAACCGGUUGUUGUUUAUAUGUAAGUGGUACUCCAGGAGUAGGAAAGACGGCAACAGUACGAGAAGUCAUUGCACAAUUAAGAGAAUUGACCGAGAUGAACGAGUUGAAUGAUUUUGAUUACCUUGAAAUAAAUGGGUUGAAAUUGCUUUCGCCAAACGUAGCUUAUGAAAAAUUAUGGGAAAAGAUCAGUGGUUUAAAGGUUACGGCAUCUAAUGCUGCCUUGCUUUUAGAGAGCUAUUUUAGUCAAGAUACACCACGUAAACCUUUGAUUGUACUUAUGGAUGAAUUGGAUCAAAUUGUAACUAAAAAGCAAAACGUCAUGUAUAAUUUUUUCAAUUGGCCUACCUAUUCUAAUUCGAAGUUGAUUGUUAUUGCAGUUGCAAACACCAUGGAUUUGCCUGAACGUGUGCUAUCGAAUAAAAUCUCUUCGAGGUUGGGGUUGAGAAGAAUUCAGUUUAUUGGAUAUACUUUUGAGCAGUUAGGUUCAAUUAUAAAGCAUAGAUUAGAUAUGCUCACGAAGCAAAAUAAGAGAAAGGUUAUUAUCAACAGCGAUGCCAUUGGUUUCGCAUCCAGAAAGGUGGCUAGUGUGAGUGGAGAUGCCAGAAGGGCUUUAACUAUUUGCCGCAGAGCUGUUGAGAUUGCUGAGAAGGAAUUUUUAUCUAAGGAAGAUGCUGGAAAUGAACAGGAGAUCGAAAAUGAAUCGUAUCAUGUACAAAUAUCGCAUAUUUCUAAAGCCAUCAAUGAAACGGUCAACAGCCCGAUCUCUCAAUUCUUAAUGAGUUUACCAUUUGCAUCCAAGUUAGUUCUUGCUGGUGUAUUACUUAGAAUGAAACGUUCUGGCUUAGCAGAGAAUUCUUUGGGUGAUAUAAUAGACGAGAUGAAAAAUUCGUUAACAAUGCUUACUUCGAGGGACGGUGAUAAGGUAUUAGAGGCAAUAGAUUCUAAAAUGACUCUAAUAGAUUUACUAUAUGGGAAUGGUCUUCUCCAAAACCUUGAUUCAACCUUUAAUCUGAAAGAUACUAACAUUAGAAUCCUUAGGUUCAAAUACAUUGUUAACGAGUUAGUUGAGAAUGGUAUUUUACAACAAAAUGUCAGAGGCGAAAGACAUAGUCUCAUUAAUUUGAAUAUUUCUGAAGAAGAAAUUGUAUCUGUAUUGAAGCGGGACAAGGAAAUAAGUAGUAUACUUUGA